CGCGAGCGGCGGCCGCGGGGCCGAGGAGCCUGGGCUGGGCCGGGCGGGGACUACUCCGGAGUCAGGAGGCAGCAGCGGCGGAGGACGAGGAUCCCUGGCAGUCAGCGCCGCUCGGACGCUGCCGGCACCAUGGGCUGCUGCACCGGACGCUGCUCGCUCAUCUGCCUCUGCGCGCUGCAGUUGGUCUCAGCAUUAGAGAGGCAGAUCUUUGACUUCCUUGGUUUCCAGUGGGCGCCUAUUCUUGGAAAUUUUCUACACAUAAUAGUUGUCAUAUUGGGUUUGUUUGGGACCAUUCAGUACAGACCUCGAUACAUAAUGGUGUAUACAGUGUGGACUGCCCUCUGGGUCACCUGGAAUGUGUUCAUUAUCUGCUUUUAUUUGGAAGUAGGUGGACUCUCAAAGGACACCGAUCUAAUGACAUUCAAUAUCUCUGUACAUCGGUCAUGGUGGAGAGAACAUGGGCCUGGUUGUGUCAGAAGAGUGCUGCCUCCCUCAGCCCAUGGCAUGAUGGACGAUUACACAUACGUCUCUGUCACAGGCUGCAUCGUUGACUUCCAGUACCUGGAGGUCAUCCACAGUGCUGUCCAAAUACUACUCUCUUUGGUGGGUUUUGUGUAUGCCUGUUAUGUGAUCAGUAUUUCCAUGGAAGAAGAAGACACAUUUGAUUUCAUAGGUGGACUUGAUACACACUCCUACUACCAGGAUCAUGUUGAGUUAAAGCCUGUUAAACCAGUCGAAAUAAGUAAUGACAUUGAACCAGAAAUGCGGCUGCUGAACUUGACUUAGGGAGCAAAGGACCAUUGACUGCGCGCCUCGGUGGAUCCGACCCGCCUGACAUUCCUCCCAGAGGCUGGACUGUGCUUCCUGGCUUUCCCACGAAUCAUGGAGCAUUUUGGUCACAGCCUUUGUAUUAUUAGCAUUGUUCUCUAGAUGAGUUCUAGGUGCUUGGGUGGGUAUUUUUUUAGUCGUUUUCUUCUUAUAUGAACACUUGUAAGUUGUAAAAAAAAAAGAAAAAACAGAAUUUGGUUUUAAAUUUUUAACAAUAUUUAAUGUGAGGCAUGCAAAAUGAAAAAGCAAAUCUGUGAAAACCUUCUACAGUCAAUUCUAAGAGAAAUCUCAGUGUGUGCUGUGGAGAUGUUAAGUCAGCACUGCUGACUGUUGAAGUUAUUCUAGGCCUGAUGAAUUUGUUUUAGCAGACAUUACCUGUGGUUAUCAGCCACCAAGGUAGACCCUGUGACAGCUGAUAAAUAGGUACAAAUAAUGGAUCCAGCUUUUGGAUUGAAUAUGGGUCAUUUUUUCAACAGCAUAAAACAAAACAUGGAGUCCUCCUUUGUUCCUGACUUCUUAAAACCCAGAACGAUAUUAUGGCAAUCUAAAUUUUCAGAUUCGUGCAUAUCUUGUUUUUCCUGAUAUAUAUAUAUGUAGGCACAUGGAAGAGUAAAAGGAUUAGUAGAACCCCUUUCCCCUUUGGAGGGAAUAUGGGUGUCUCUGAGGUCCAUAUUUUCUACUCAUUAUUCCAUUCCUGACACUGCUGUCAGACCUAAACAUACAGCUCAUGGGCUUGUGGGACAGAAAUCACAAACAUAGACCUGCAGUCAGGAACUUUGCUCUUAGGAUAUUCAAAAGAAGCCUGAAAAUGCUGUAGCAUUCUCUAUAAAUACUUCUAAAGGAGACAUUCACGUGUGAGCAACAUCAGCUUUUCUUUCUCCUACCCCUUCCCAAUAACCAAGAAAAUGAUAUGGGAAGCAAUUAUCUGUGGAAAAAAGGACUGUCUUGAAAACGCAUCACAGUUGUAUUUUUUUAACUGGCAUAAAACUUACAUAUGGUAAAAUGCACAAAUAUUAAUGGUACAAUUUGAUUAGUUUUGAAAAAUGUACAUACCCAUGUAACCAAGGCCUCAAUCAAAAUGCAGAACAUUUCCGUCACUUUAAAAAAUUCCCUUAUGCCCUCUUUCAGGCAAUGCCUACAUUCUCAUAGACAACCACUGUGCUAAUUUUCAUCAUCACUGAUAAUUUGGUCUGUUCUCAAUAUAAAAUAUAUACACUUUUCACAUCACUUUUGCCCACACUUCUCAAUCACUAUUUUCUAUAUGAAAAUAAGUUUUGCUCACUUUGUGUAACAACCACAGUGAAGCUCCCUAUAGGCCAGAAAGUUGUGAAUAUGUGGUUAUUAACUCAGCCCAUGCAUCUCUAAGAAGUCAGUCUAUUAACCACCUAAAACUGUUACAAAUAUUUGUAUGUGUGUGAAAGUCUUUUUUCUUCUUGUUCUUCUUUUGGAGCCUAUAGGUUUCAUGAGACUGUUAAGAAUCAGAGUUUAAUGUGACAAAGUUUGCCUUCAUUCCUCCAAGCUCAUCACAACCACAGUGAGCCAUUUGGAGAACUAAUUUACUCACUAGCCUCCAGAUUUUACCCCUUUAAUCCAUUGGUACCCACAAACUCCCAUUACUUUUUUUUCUGCUUAAUAAAUCCAAAUUCAAGUAAAGAAAAGCUGGCAGAGACCUUGAAGAUGGUGGAAUCCAAGCCACUAUUCUGCAGAUGAGGGGGCUGAAGCCUAAGGGAUUUGGUGAACUUGUCCAGAGCCUGUAUCUGUACACAGGGGCAAGAGCCAUAGCCAGUGCACAGAGAACAUGGGAGCAAAAGUUGGGGUUUGGGUCCCAUCCACCACCAUGUUCUUGGACAGUGUUUGCCAUCUCUGCACUACAGUUUUCCUCAUCUAUGAAGUGGAACUAUGAUCCCUACCUCCCAAAGGUGAGGUGAGAAUUUAAUGAAAAAUGUAAAAAAAUUCUCAGUACACAGUGAAGCACUCCACAAUUAAAAGAGGUGAUUAUUAUGAAUAAUGUCAAAACACUCCUCUGUACCCUGUCUGGAGCUCUUGCUUGCCACUCAAGCACUAUGAAGAGCCCACAGAAACAACAAACUCUGUUUUUUAAAAAGCAGCUGGGAAAACCUUGCCCAAGUUUAAAUGAUUUGAAAUAAACUAAAAAAUGCUUUAAUUUAAAAAUAACUUUAAUAUUCAAAUUCCAAAACUAAUGCCAAUAAUUAUUGUUAGUAUUGUUACGAUUAUUGAAAAAGCUGAUAAAAUAUCAAAACUGUAGAGAGUCAGUAAAAAAGGAUAAAAUGAGUAUUGACAUAUUUUAAACUGUCACUUAAUUACCCCCACACAUACACAUGCAAAUAAAACAUGGUUAACAUUUCACAAAAUAGAACCAUAUUAAAUUUUGUUUCUAUUUUAUCUUCACGUGAAUUUAUACAUAGUUCUAGUAGGCACUGCAGAGUCUGAACUUAGUCUAAGUGCAGAUAACAGCUUUGAGGAGAAAAUCCUUACAUUACUGAUUUGUCUAUGAAUAUUCAAUGUAGGCAGCUAUUUAAUAUGGUGUAUAUGUUUUCACUUUUAAUCUUUCUUCACUUAAAUAUGAAGUUAUAACUGUUUCAAUCUCCAACCUCAGCAAUCCAUAAAGAUUGUCCUAACAUUCUGGAUAUUUGCCACUCAUCAGAAACAAGUUAGAUUGAUCUGCCACCUCCUCUUCUUUCUUUUCUUCUCCCUGCCUCUCAUCUUCCUGGCUACUCUUUGAGGGCUAUGCUUCUGUAAGACAAAGGGAAAAAAAGAAGUGCAGAGUUGUACAGUAAUACUCGGCAAUUACCCGUUAAUCUGGGUAAUUCCAAUGAAGUACUGUCACAGUUACUGUUCCACGGAAAUGAGCAUUUGCAGUUCUUGCUUUUGCCUCCAGUCUUAGAGAAUGCACUCUGCAUUGUGCAUAUCCAGUAGGGUUUUCAGCAAAGACAUGGUCACUACAUGCACUGUAUGUUCUUGCCAAACCUCAGCUUCUCCAUAUGCAAUUGUGUGUCUGGUCAGAGUAAGGGAAAAUGAAUGCAUCCCUUAGCUUGCAUUCAUUGGUCAGAAUCUUAACUAUCUUAAGAGAUGGUGCAGCUCUAGAUUCAAUAGCUCUCCUCAGAAGUGGCCCGGCAAAACUGAAGAUAGGACAUCCACUGCUCUUUAGCCUCUAGUGCUGACUGGAAUGGAGAGGUGAACAUUUAAAGCCAGUGUUUUUCCUCUUGGAGCCACCUUAGCACUGAGUCUUGUAAACCUUGGCCAGCCCUUCCUCAGGCCGUGCCUUCUAUCUUGUGUGAAUGAUGCAUCCUUUCUUAAGCGUCUUCUGCUGACCUCGUGCAGCACCGCAGGAAGCUGGGAUGCUUUCCAGCUUACUUUUUUUUUAUUUGAGCUUCUGGUCAUGUUUCAAAGCCAUCAAAAUCUAAGCAAGGGAGUUACAGGGAGGGUUAGAGAAUUACCAAAGGACACAAAAUGUCUUGGGUUGUGGAAUAGCACACAUCAGAGAAAUCUCAAACAUCUCUUAGGAAAAUCUCUAAAUGUGUAUAUGCCCAAGUAUCUUAGCCUUCCACCUACCACAUAAAGUGAGGGUAUGUGUCCCUCAAAUGACAAAAAUGAAAACACACUUUCUUACCACUUCAAAUCUGGGAGGUGGUUGGCUCAUUUGUUUUGAAGAUACUCGACACUUUGCCCUAGCAAAAUAUUGACUUCUUUGAUUUUUCCUUCAGAAAAGUAAGCCCUGCUAUUCCUAUAGACCUAAAUAAGGGAGGCAGCCAGUUUCAAAAGGCUGGCUCUAACAAAAUAUACCAAGGCUGUCAUCUGUCUCACUUAAUGAAUGGAAAACUCCUGAUUGAGAAGAAUUUGUCUUCAUUAAAACUAGCUAAAACGUACAUUGCAAAUCUGAGGAAAACAAUCAUGACUCUGCUAAUUUGAGAAGCAAAAACCAAAAUUUCUCUUUUCAAUCUUUGCAAAUUAAAAAGGAAUCUUGACAAGAAUAAACAAAUCUUCAUUUCAUACCUAAUUUAAAAACGAAUUGUCUCCCCAAAUAUGGUCUAUUCUGGCUAAUCAUUUUUUAAGCAAAUUCCCACUUACUUUUUCUGAGUCACUUUAGUAUGUGACUAGGAUAAAUUUCAUAGUUGAUCAGAAUGCAAAUGUUCUAACUUGACAUUUUUGCCCAAGAUACGUUCUUUCCAGGUAUAGCUGAAUUAAGUAGGAAAAAUAUAAAUAAUUGCUCUUUUAAAACUAUAACAACUUGAAUGCCUGGGGUUUUAUUUCCAUCUAAUUUAAAAGUUAUCUGUCACCUUUGUUUGAUAGAAGGUCUGUUGAAGUGUCUAAGAACCAUGUUGAAAUAUUUGUGAUAAAUAGGCCACAACUUAAGGAUAUUAUGCCCAAAAGUGAACUGACAGAGGAAAGUACUCUUCAUAUAACUGCACAGUGAACAAUUUAGAAAGGGAACAGAUGACCAGACACAGUGGCUCAUGCCUGUAAUCCCAAAGCUUUGGGAAGUUGAGGUCAAAGAAUCACUUGAGGCCAGGAGUUCAAGACCAGCUUGGGAAAAAUAGUGAGACCCUAUCUCUACAAAAACAAACAAAUAAACAAAAAAUACCUAAAAAAAAUUUAAAUUAGCCAAGCAUGGUGGCAUGUACCUAUGACCCCAGCCACUUGAGGGACUGAGGGAAGGGAAGAAGAUUACUUGAGCCCAGGAAUUAGAAGCUGCAGUGAGUGCACUACUGCACUCCAGCCUAGGCAAUACAGCAAGAGCCUGUCUCUAAAAAGAGAGAGAGAGAAGUAGAUAUGUUUUAAUUAUUAGAAGAAUGUAUUUAUCAAUAAAGAAUUCUCAAAAAAAUGGAAUUAUCAAAAAAUUCAAAAGUUAUGGGUAGCAUCUCUUUUUCAUCUGAAAAAGCUUAGUUUCUUAUUGAAGACUAAAAAGAAAAAUGCCACUUCUUGAAGGUGGAUACAGCUUCUUAAAUAUUGGUAUUUGUAGAAAAAUUUGGUGGCAGGCAAAACUUGAAUUAUCUUUCUUGAACUUGCAUUCAAAUAAAGGGUAAAAAUCAUGUUAAAUGCUAAACAUUUUUAAAAACUGAGAUAUUUAAAGAAUCCAAAAUAUGCUUUAGCUUAAACUUGAGAGCUAAGUUAAGUAAAAAGAAGAAAAGAAUAGAAGGUAGAAAGGAAGGGAGAGGAAAAUGGAGAGAAGAUGAGGAAGAGAAAGAGAAAGAAAGGGAAUGGACAGGGAGACAGGAAGGAAGAAUCCAAAGUUGAAAGUCACCUAAUUGGGAUUUGAACAGUCAGUUUUUAACUCAGAAUUUUGUUCUUGUUUCUUUGAUUGACUAAAAACAUUGAAUCAUUUUCCAUGUAAGGCAUGUUUUUCCUUUCCUCUUCAGAGUUAUUAAGAAACAGUUCAAAGAAACCAAUAAUCUAUCCAUUUCUUCUCAUAGAAUUUGCUUUGGCAGACAACUUAGUCUAUAUUAGUUAGGAUUAGGCUUACCUACAAGUGACAGAAAAAGAAAAAUGACAAUGGAUUAAAUAACAUAGAGGUCUAUUUCUCUUUUUAUUUCGAAAUUCUGGAGACAGUCGGCAAAGAGCGGGAUGUGAUUUCCCUAGAGACAAGGACCAAGACUCCUCUCUUAUUGCUUCAUCCUCUGUGGCCGCCAUUUUUAAGACCAUAACAUGACUCAAAAUGGCUGCUGAAGCUUCAGCCAUUGGUUUUGUAUUCUGGCCUUGGAGGUGGAGAGGGAACAAAAGGAGUGUUUCUUUCCUUUAAGGAUAUGCCUCAGAAAUACACACGCUACUUCUGCUUACAUCUCAUUAGCCAAAACUUGGUCCACCCCCAACUUUGCAGUGAAGAAAGCUGGGUAUUAUAGUCUUUAUUCUUAAUGACUUUAUGCUUAACUAAAAAUUAAGAGCUUUGCUGGACAUGGUGGCUUAUGCCUGUAAUUUCAGCAAUUUGGAAGGCCAAGGCGUGCAGAUCACUUGAGCUUAUGAGUUCGAGACCAGCCUGAGCAACAUGGCAAAACCCCAUACCUACAAAAAAUACAAAAAUUAGCCAGCUGUGGCGGUGUGUGCCUAUAGUCCCAGCUACUUGGGAGGCUGAAGUAGGAGGGUUGUUUGAACCUGGGAGACGGAGGUUGCAGUUAGCCAAGAUCAUGCCACUGCACUCCAACCUGGGAGAUGGAGCCAAACCUUGUCUCAAAAAGAAAAGGGGGGGGGGGGGCUUCAUUUAUUAGUAAGAAGGAAAAAUAUUUAUAAAAUCAUACUUAGCAGUUUCAAUCACACAGUUCAAACUAAUUGACAUGAUUUCUUGGAACAGUGUUUUCAUUUGUAGUACUUUAUAACACAUUCUAGAAAAAAUGUACAUAUAUUCUUCAGUACUGUGAGAGAUUUAAUCAUCAAGUAUGUGAAAUGAGAAUUUCUGCCUCAUCUUGUUUCCUUAUCUUGUCUUUGUGGUUAGAAAGAAAUGAAAAUAAAUCAGUAGCACUACAUCCUUCUAGGUUUCCCAUAAUUUUGCAGACAGGUUUAGCUUUUCUUCUCUAGAAUUGAGUUUAAAAUUCUAGAGCCAAUCUAACAUUUUGCUUGAUCCUCAUUGUGCUGCCACAAUAAAUUAAUUCUUCUAUGGUCAUAACACUUAGCUAUUUUAUUUUGGUAGGGCCUUCUCUUCUGAAUUGAUUGGUAGUGUUGUUAUUUUCUUGUUAUUCAGUUUAACAAGUACAUAAUCAACAUCAGUGCUUGGGAAGUCAGGAGUACGAGAGAUAAAUAAGAAGUAUAUGAUCUUUUCUCUUAUUUUCUCUCAGUAAAAGUUGGACCUGUUUUUCCCUUCAUCUCUUUUUCUUCAAGAACAUAAUAUCGGCUGAAGUGGAAUGAGUAUUCAAAUUGUACAAAAAAAAUACAAGUGAGGGAAUUAAUAAAAUUUUUUGUAAUUAUAAAUAUGUAUAUAUUGGGUGGCAAAAUAUGACUUUUUAUUUUUAUUUUUAACCACCAGAUUGAGUAUGUUGAUACAUCAAAUGCCAGUCUUUUAUCUUCCUAGUUUUUCAAAUAGAAAAGUGAUACUAACAUCAGUAAUUAAACUUCCCAAGAUUUUUUUGUCUCCCUCUGAAUCAAGUUCAUCAUCUAUUUAUGUGCUUCUCAGUUGACAUUUGUGAAGGCAGAUUACACUCAUGAGACAGUGGAGAAUAAAUCCACCCCAAAAUUCCUUUGCAGAUCUUGAGUAUUUGCCAAUAAUCUCUAUGAUUUAUUUACAUUCUUUUUUCAUAUAUAUACUUUAAGUUCUGGGAUACAUGUGCAGAAUGUGCAGGUUUGUUACAUAGGUAUACACGUGCCAUGGUGGCUUGCUGCAACCAUCAAUUCAUCAUCUACAUUAGGUAUAUCUCCUAAUGUUAUCCCUCCCCUUGUCCCCCACUCCCCAACAGGCCCUGGUGUGUGAUGUUCCCCUCCCUGUGCCCAUAUGUUCUCAUUGUUCAACUCCCACUUAAGAGUAAGAACAUGCAGUGUUAGUUUUUUGUUCCUGUGUUAGUUUGCUGAGAAUGAUGGUUUCCAGCUUCAUCCAUGUCCCUGCAAAGGACAUUAACUCAUUUUUUAUGGCUGCAUAGUAUUCCAUGGUGUAUAUGUGCCACAUUUUCUUUAUCCGGUCUAACAUUGAUGGGCAUUUGGGUUGGUUCCAAGUCUUUGCUAUUGUGAAUAGUGCUGCAAUAAACAUAGGAGUGCAUGUGUCAUUAUAGUAGAAUGAUUUAUAAUCCUUUGGGUAUACACCCAGUAGGGGAUUGCUGGAUCAAAUGGUAUUUCUAGUUCUAGAUCCUUGAGGAAUUGCCACACUGUCAUCCACAAUGGUUGAAGUAAAUUACACUCCCACCAACAGUGUUAAAAGCAUUCCUAUUUCUCCACAUCCUCUCCAGCCUCUGUUGUAUCCUUUUUAAUGAUCGCCAUUCUAACUGGUGUGAGGUGGUACUUCAUUGUGGUUUUGAUUUGCAUUUCUCUAAUGACCAGUGAUGAUGAGAUUUUUUUUUACGUUUGUUGGCUGCAUAAAUGUCUUCUUUUAAGAAGUGUCUAGUCAUAUCCUUAACCCACUUUUUGAUGGGGUUAUUUUUUUUCUUGUAAAUUUGUUUAAGUUCCUUGUAGAUUCUGGAUAUUAGCCCUUUGUCAGAUGGAUAGGUUGCAAAAAUUUUCUCCCAUUCUGUAGGUUGCCUGUUCACUCUGAUAAUAGUUUCUUUUGCUGUACAGAAGCUCUUUAGUUUAAUUAGAUCCCAUUUGUCAAUUUUGGCUUUUGUUGACAUUGCUUUUGGUGUUUCAGUCAUGAAGUCUUUGCCCAUGCCUGUGUCCUGAAUGGUAUUGCCUAGGUUUUCUUCUAGGGUUUUAAUGGCUUUGAGUUUUACAUUUAAGUUUUUAAGCCAUCUUGAGUUAAUUUUUGUACAAGAUGUAAGGAAGGGGUCCAGUUUCAGUUUUCUGCGUAUGGCUAGCUAAUUUUCCCAGCACCAUUUAUUAAAUAGGAAAUCCUUUCCCCAUUGCUUGUUUUUAUCAGGUUUGUCAAAGAUCAGAUGGUUGUAGAUGUGUGGUGUUAUUUCUGAGGCCUCUGUUCUGUUGCAUUGGUCUAUAUACCUGUUUUAGUAAAAGUACCAUGUUGUUUUGGUUACUGUAGCCUUGUAGUAUAGUUUGAAGUUAGGUAGCAUGAUGCCUCCAGCUUUGUUCUUUUUGCUUAGGAUUGUUUUGGCUAUAUGGGCUCUUUUUGGUUCCCUAUGAAAUUUAAAGCAGUUUUUUCUAAUUCUGUGAAGAAAGUCAAUGUUAGUUUGAUGGGAAUAGCAUUGAAUCUAUAAAUUACUUUGGGCAGUAUGGCCAUUUUUACAAUAUUGAUUCUUCCUAUCCAUGAGCAUGGAAUGUUUUUCCAUUUGUUUGUGUCCUCUCUUAUUUCCUUGAGCAGUGGUUUGUAGUUCUUGAAGAGGUCAUUCACAUCCCUUGUAAGUUGCAUUCCUAGGUAUUUUAUUCUCUUUGUAGCAAUUGUGAAUGGGAGUUUGUUCAUGAUUUGGCUCUCUGUUUGUCUAUUAUUGGUGUAUAGGAAUGCUUGUGAUUUUUGCACAUUGAUUUUGUAUCCUGCAACUUUGCUGAAAUUGCUUAUCAGUUUAAGGAGUUUUGGGGUUGAGACAAUGGGGUUUUCUAAAUGUACAACCAUAUCAUCUGCAAACAGAGAUAAUUUGACUUUCUCUCUUCCUAUUUGAAUACCCUUUAUUUCUUUCUCUUGCCUGUUUGCCCUGGCCAGAGCUUCUAAUACUGUGUUGAAUAGGAGUGGUGAGAGAAGUCACCCUUGUCUUGCGCCAGUUUUCAAAGGGAGUGCUUCCAGUUUUUGCCCAUUCAGUGUGAUAUUGGCUGUGGGUUUGUCAUAACAGCUCUUAUUAUUUUGAGAUAUGUUCCAUCAAUACCUAGUUUAUUGAGUGUUUUUAGCGUGAAGGAGGGUUGAAUUUUGUCGAAGGCCUUUUCUGCAUCUAUUGAGAUAAUCACAUGGUUUUUGUCAUUGUUUCUGUUUAUGUGAUGGAUUAUGUUCAUUCAUUUGCAUAUGUUGAACCAGCCUUGCAUCCCAGGGAUGAAGCUGACUUGAUCAUGGUGGGUAAGCUUUUUAAUGUACUGCUGCAUUCCAUUUGCCAGUGUUUCAUUGGGGAUUUUCACAUAGAUGUCAUCAGGGAUAUUGGCCUGAAAUUUUCAUUUUUUGUUGUGUCUCUGCCAGGGAUUGGUAUCAGAAUGAUGCUGGCCUCAAAAUAUGAGUUAGGGAGGAGUCUGUCUUUUCUACUGUUUGGAAUAGUUUCAGAAGGAAUGGUACCAGCUCCUCUUUGUAACUCUGGUAGAGUUCGGCCAUAAGUCCAUCUGGUCCUGGGCUUUUUUUUUUAGUUGGUCAGCUAUUAAUUACUGCCUCAAUUUCAGAACUUGUUAUUGGUCUAUUCAGGGAUUCAACUUCUUCCUGGUUUAGUCAUGGUAGGGUGAAUGUGUCCAGGAAUUUAUCCAUUUCUUCUAGAUUUUUUAGUUUAUUUGGAUAGAGUUGUUUGUAGUAUUCUCUGAUGGUAGUUUGCAUUUCUGUGGGAUUAGUGGUGAUCUCCACUUUAUCACUUUUUAUUGUGUCUAUUUGAUUCUUCUCUCUUUUCUUCUUUAUUAGCCUGGCUAGCCAUCUAACUAUUUUGUUAAUCUUUUCAAAAAACCAUCUCCUGGAUUCAUUGAGUUUUUGAAGGGUUUUUCGUAUCUCUUUCAGUUCUGUUCUGAUCUUAGUUAUUUCUUGUCUUCUGCUAGCUUUUGAAAUAGUCUGCUCUUGUUUCUUUAAUUCUUUUAAUUGUGAUGUUAGCGUGUUGAUUUUAGAUGUUUAGAUUUUAGAUGUUUAGAUGUUUCCCACUUUCUCCUGUGAGCACUUAGGUCUAUAAAUUUCCUUCUAAGCACUCCCUCUAAGCUGUAUCCCAGAGAUUCUGGUACAUUGUGUCUUUGUUCUUGUUGGUUUCAAAGAACUUAUUUAUUUCUGCUGUGAUCUCAUUAUUUUCCCAGGAGUCAUUCAGAAGCAGGUUGUUCAGUUUCCAUGUAGUUGUGUGGUUUUGAGUGAGUUUCUUACUUGAGUGAGUUCUAACUUGAUUGCACUGUGGUCUGAGAGACUGUUUGUUAUGGUUUUCAUUCUUUUGCAUUUGCUGAUGGUGUUUUACUUCCAGUUAUGUGGUCGAUUUUAGGAAAAUGUGCUAUGUGGUGCUGAGGAGAAUGUAUAUUCUGUUGAUUUGGGGUGGAGAGUUCUGUAGAUAUCUAUUAGGUCUGCUUGGUCAAGAGGUGAGUUCAAGUCCUGAAUAUCCUUGUUAGUUUUCUAUCUCGGUGAUCUGUCUACACAAUGGAGUGUUAAAGCCUCACCCUAUUAUUGUGUGGUAGUCUAAGUCUCUUUGUAGGUCUCUAAGAACUUGCUUUAUGAAUCUGGGUGCUCCACUAUUAGGUGCAUACAUAUUUAGGAUAGUUAGCUCUUCCUGUUGCAUUGAUCCUUUUACUAUUAUGUAAUGGCCUUCUGUGUCUGUUUUGAUCUUUGUUGGCUUAAAGUCUGUUUUACCAGAGGCUAAGAUUGCAACCCCUGCUAUUUUUUGCUUUCCAUUUGCCUGGUAAAUAUCUCUCCAUCCCUUUAUUUUGAGCCUAUGUGUGUCUUUGCACAUGAGAUGGGUCUCGAAUACAACACACCAAUGGGUUUUGACUCUUUAUCCAAUUUGCCAGUCUGUGCCUUUUAAUUGGGGCAUUUAGCCCAUUUACAUUUAAGGUUAAUAUUGUUAUGUGUGAAUUUGAUUCUGUCAUUAUGAUGAUAGCUGGUUAUUUUGCCCAUUAGUUGAUGCAGCUUCUUCAUAGUGUCGAUGGUCUUUACAUUUUGGCAUGUUUUUGCAGUGGCUGGUACUGGUUGUUCCUUUCCAUAUUUAGUACUUCUUUCAGAAGCUCUUGUAAAGGCAGGCUUGGUGGUGACAAAAUUCCUCAGCAUUUGCUUGUCUGUAAAGGAUUUUAUUUCUCCUUCACUUGUGAAGCUUGGUUUGGCUGGAUAUGAAAUUCUGGGUUGAAAAUUCUUUUCUUUAAGAAUGUUGAAUAUUAGCCCCCAAUCUCUUCUGGCUUUUAGGGUUUCUGCAGAGAGAUCUGCUGUUAGUAUGACGGGCUUCCCUUUGUAGGUAACCCAACCUUUCUCUCUGGCUGCCCUUAACAUUUUUUCCUUCAGUUCAACCUUGGUGAAUCUGACGAUUAUGUGUCUUGGGGUUGCUCUUCUCAAAGAGUAUCUUUGUGGUGUUCUCUGUAUUUCCUGAAUUUGUAUUCUGUAUUUCCUAGGCCUGCCUUGUGAGGUUGGGGAAGUUCUCCUGGAUUAUAUCCUAAAUUGUGCUUUCCAACUUGAUUCCAUUCUCCCCAUCACUUUCAGGUACACCAAUCAAACGUUGACUUGGUCUUUUCACAUAGUCCCAUAUUUCUGAGAGGUUCUGUUCAUUCCUUUUCCAUUUUUUUCUUCUACUCUUGUCUUCAUGCUUUAUUUCAUUAAGUUGAUCUUCAGUCUCUGAUAUCCUUUCUUCUGCUUGAUCGAUUCAGCUAUUGAUACUUGUGUAUGCUUCAUGAAGUUCUUGUGCUGUGUUUUUCAGCUCCAUCAGGUCAUUUGUGUUCUUCUCUAAACUGGUUAUUCUCUAAACUGGUUAUUCUAGGUAGCAAUUCCUCUAACCUUUUAUCAAGGUUCUUAGCUUCCUCGUAUUGGGUUACAAUAUGUUCCAUUAGCUUUGAGGAGUUCGUUAUUACCCAUCUUCUGAAGCCUACUUCUGUCAAUUUGUAAAACACAUUCUCCAUUCAGUAUUGUUCCCUUGCUGGUAAGGAGUUGUGAUCCUUUGGAGGAGAAGAGGCAUUCUGGUUUUGGGAAUUUUCAGCCUUAUUGCACUGGUUUUUCCUCAUCUUUGUGGCUUUAUCUACCUUUGGUCUUUGGCAUUGGUGACCUUUGGAAGGAGUGUUUGCAUGGUCAUGCUCUUUGUUGAUGUUGAUGCUAUUGCUUUCUGUUUGUUAAUUUUCUUUCUAACAGUCAGGCCCUUCUUCUGCAGGUCUGCUGGAGUUUUCUGGGGGUCCACUCCAGACCCUGUUUGCAUGGGUAUCACCAGCAGAGGCUGCAGAACAGCAAAGAUUGCUGCCUCCUCCUACUUCUGGAAGCUGCGUCCCAGAGGGGCACCUGCCAGAUGCUAGCCAGAGCUCUCCUGUAUGAAGUGUCUGUCGACCCCUGCUGGGAGAUGUGUCCCCAUCAGGAGGCAUGGGGGUCAGGGACCCACUUGUGGAAGCAGUCUGUCCCUUAGCAGAGCUCCAGUGCUGUGCUAGGAGAUCUGCUGCUCUCUUCAGAGCUGGCAGGUGGGAAUGUUUAAGUCUGCUGAAGCUGCACCCACAGCUGCCCCUUCCCCCAGGUGCUCUGUCCCCAGGAGAUGGGAGUUUUAUCUAUAAGCCCCUGACUGGGGCUACUGGCUUUCUUUCAGAGAUGCCCUGCCCAGAGAGGAGGAAUCUAGAGAGGUAGUCUGGCUUCAGUGGCUUUGCAGCGCUGCAGUGGGCUCCACUCAGACUGAAUUUCCUGGCAGCUUUGUUUACACUGUGAGGGGAAAACUGCCUACUCAAGCCUCAGUAAUGGCAGAUACCUCUCCCCCCACCAAGCUUGAGCAUCCCAGGUCUACUUCAGACUGCUGUGCUGGAAGUAAGAAUUUCAAUCCAGUGGAUCUUAGCUUGCUGGGCUCCAUGGGGGUGGGAUCUACUGAUCAAGACCACUUGGCUCCCUGGCUUCAGCCCCCUUUCCAGGGGAGUGAAUGGUUCUGUCUCUCUGGCAUUCCAGGAACCUCUGGGGUAUGAAAAAAACUCCUGCAGCUAGCUCAGUGUCUGCCCAAAUGGCCACCCAGUUUUGUGCUUGAAAUCCAGGGCCCUUGUGGUGUAGGUACCCAAGGGAUCUCCUUGUCUGUGGAUGGCGAAGACCAUGGGAAAAGCGUAGUAUCUGGACCAGAGUGCACCCCCACUCACAGCGUGGUCCCUCAUGGCUUCCCUUGGCUAGGGGAGGGAGUUCCCCAACCCCUUGCACUUCCCAGGUGAGGCAAUGCCCCACCCUGCUUCUGCUUGCCCUCCGUGGGCUGCACCCACUGUCUAACCAGUCCCAGUGAGAUGAACCGAGUACCUCAGUUGGAAAUGCAGAAAUCACCCACUUUCUGUGUUGGUCUUGCUGGGAGCUGCAGACAGCUGUUCCUAUUCGGCCAUCUUGCCUGGGAAUCUGUAAUUAUAUUUUAUUGCAUAUUCUUCCUAGGCUGGGUGUGUGUGUGUGAAAGAGAGAGAGAAACAGAAACAGAGACAAGGAGACAGAGACAGUGAAACAGAAACAGAGUCAUCUUCCAGGUUCUACUUAUUAAGCAAUAUCCCAUGAAGUUGCUGAAAAGUGUUAUAUUCUCCUAAUACCUAGUGUUUGCAAAUCUGGUAGCUGUCACUGAUGAUUUAAACAAGAUUGGGUGACUUAUUUAUGUACACACACAUCCACAAUCAAACUUCAACAGUCGAGUGUACCCUUUUCUAAAUAAUCACGUUGCUAAAAUGUGCCAUAUGGCCCAUUUCUUUAAACAAUAAAUGGUAAAUUGUUAUUUUGGGGAGUGAAAGCUAAAAGAAAUAAUAUGUCUAAUACGAUGUGGCAUUUUCUCUAUACAGUACAGUUUUAGCAUUGAAAAGGACCUCAGCAAUUCCAUUUGCCCCGUUUUCAGAUGAGGAGAUUGAGGCUGGUAGUUACAGUGGUUUUGCUUCAUGUCCCAUCCCACUGGGGCUGCUAUGCAAGCUCUCAGUCUAGUCUUCUUUCCUCUGCACUUGGUGGCCAUCAGCUGUAACAAGUCCUGACUAGACCAGGGCUUUGUUGUUGACUACAAUUCAAUGCCUUUUUUGCCUGCAUUUGUUUGGACCCUGCUAAUCAAGGCUACAGGGCAGCUGCAGAAAGACACCUGCUAUUGGCUUACCUGCUCCUUGCCUUACCUCUGCUUGGGUCUGAGCAUCAGAAAGCCACCUUCCAGUGGGUCUUUGCCUUGCUUUUGUCUUGUCUUUGCUUUUUAUUCAUCUUUGCUUUUGUCUUCUCAGGGCAAAUAGGAAAUCCUAGACCUCAGAUCACUGUUCUUUGCUUCCCAAAAGACAGAACAGCUCAGUCCUGGCUGCCACCUUCUUUCUUUACUCUUGGUUUAAAUGUAAUCCCACAUGCCCUAGACAAGCCUCCUGAUGAUUUUUCAUCAAACAUGAAAAUAGCUUACUUUUAACUGCUGGGUGUCAGUCUCUUCUAAAAAUUUUGUUCCUAAGGAAUUGAUUUUGCAAAUCAGUGCUAAAGUCACUUUUUAACUGCCUCACAUAGUAUCAUUUCUUUGACAACUCUUUUUAAAGGGGAUUGCUCUUUUCUCCUUCUGGCUUCUCAAAUCUACUUUUAACUUCAAAUAGCAGUCAUGCAAUGUAGUUUUAUAAGAUAAUAUACUAGGACCAUCUAUCAGGUAUGAAACCAAGCAUAAUCAUUGCAAUUAUUUCUACUGUAUUCAGAUAAUGAUAAUACAAAUAAGAGUAUGACAUAUGUAAAUGUUGAUUAGCUUUCUGGUCCCUUCAUCAAAACUUGCGUUGUGUUGUGCAGCCUUUGCAUUGUCCAGGGGUUUUGUUAUUACAAACCAUAAUAUUUAACCCAUUUCUUCUACUAAUAUCUUUUAAUAUUUAUGCUAUUAUAUAGCUUUUUAUUUUUGACAUGUAUCUAAACCAGAAAAAAAUAUUCCUAGUACAUGAUAUUUUUAGGCAAAACAUAAUGUCUGGAGCACCAAGUGAAAUAACUGUGGAGAAUGGAAUGUUAGACAAUUUGUGUGGCAUGCUUAGCUUAAUUUGUUUCUAUGGCACAAGCAAAGCUCAUUAAUUCCAUUUAUUAUUUUAAGCCACUUGUUUGGUGUUAUGGAUUUUAAGAAUCAGUUGGUGUUAGAAUCUUUAAUAACACAGAGAAAAGCCAUUGAAUAUGGAACUCAAAUUAUCUAAGGUUUACCCAGAAGUCAAAAUCACCUAGCCCUCUGUAAAUUUCUCUUUGUGUUCCUAGGCCUGCAAAGUCUUUGGUCUGAAGUCUCAGAGCUUAAAUUGCAUUGGUCCUGUUAAUCUUUGUCAAAAAGGAAGUUUGGGCGGCAGUUUCAGGGUAGUGUUGAGAAGAUAACUCCUGGUCCCGUUUUAUUCUUUCCUCAUUUGUUCAGUGCUCAUGGCCAUCUACAACCUUCCUUGAUUCUAUUCUGCUUAAGCCUCUUAUUUCCACAUCUAUAAGUAUAGUGCUACAUAAUAAUUACAACCUUUAAGAAAAUGGAGAGUUUUCUUUAAAGGGCCCCUGCAAAUCUAUGAUGCUAGAUGACAGAUGCUACCAGAAGGCCAGAUAACUGUAAUAAGAAUAUGUCUCGUUUUCUUUUAAAGACAUAGAUAUUCCAUUUUAAUCCUACAUAACUCAAAGAAAAUUUGGGUGUUAACACUUUGAAAUACCUUUACCUCCUUUGGGGGAAAUCCAAACUGAAAGGAAUUAAUAUCCACAUCAGUUCCUAAAGCAAAAUGCCUGACAGAGACUAACAAAGCUCUUUCUCAUCCUGUGGUAGGAACUUAGGGGUGAUAACUCACAUUGAGAACUUGUGAUCUGAAAACACUAAGGAAUUUCUGCCAUUGCAGGUAGGAAAAAAAAAGACAAAAAUGAUAUUCUCAGGUGAGCUUAACUUUCAAAUUUUUCUGAGACUUCCUAAAUGUGACAAGAACUCUGCUGUGUGGCAACUUUAUGUAUCCACAACAGAACUAAGGACCAAAAAAAAAAAAAAAAGAUCUCUGUCCCAAUAGAUUUUAUAAAAUCCAUACUCUAAAACUCCUGAGUUUUACAUGUACCCUAAAACUUAAAGUACAGUAAAAAAAAAAAAAAGGAAAA